CUCGCCGUAACAGCACAGACAAGCCCUAGGGUUUUAGCACUGCUCGAGCGGGCGGCCGGCGACGCAGAGGCGCAGACACACUUUCCGGCCAUGUCGGCGGCGGCAGCAGCUGCGGACACGUACUCCCCAGCCGCGGAGGCUGGGAGCAAGCGGCGGGAGAGGCGGGAGGAGCUGCGGCGCCACCUCGCCGAGGACGCCGAUUGGCCCCGCGCCGACGGCCGCUCCUUGCACGACUGCCGCCCCGCAUUUAUGCAAACAGGGCCAACUACUGCUGCGUCAGGGUCUGCUUAUGCAGAAUUUGGGAAGACAAAGGUCAUUGUGUCAGUGUUUGGCCCAAGGGAGAGCAAGAAAGCAAUGCUGUACAGUGACACUGGUAGGCUCAAUUGCAGUGUGAGCUAUACAACAUUUGCCACUGGUAUACGUGGACAGGGGUUGGAAAACAAAGAGUACUCUGGAAUGCUUCACAAAGCCCUGGAAGGCGCAGUAAUGCUACAUACUUUUCCGAAGACUACUGUUGAUGUUUUUGCGUUGGUUCUUGAGUCUGGUGGCAGCGAUCUUCCCAUUAUAAUAUCUUGCGCUAGUCUUGCACUGGCAGAUGCUGGGAUCAUGAUGUAUGACCUUGUUACAUCAGUAUCUGUGUCCUGUUUAGGGAAGAAUGUUAUCAUCGAUCCAACCUCAGACGAGGAGGCAUGGCAAGACGGAGGCCUUAUGGUGUCUUAUAUGCCGGCCCGCAAGGAGAUCACACAACUUACGCUGACUGGGGAGUGGACUGAUGGCAAAAUCACCAAUGCAGUAGAGCUCUGUAUGGAUGCUUGCAGCAAGCUUUGCGAGAUAUUGCGGGAGCGCUUGAAAGACCCCGCGAGCCUGGCGAGCGAAUGACAUUUGAGCGACACAUGUUUGCAGAAUCGCAACAGAUAUCCUUAGCUGUAGAAGUUUUGUAGGGAAGGGAGGACAGGACUGCUGUUUGCAGGAGCACAAUUUACAUGGCUGUGGUGAUUGUUUCUUUUGGCAAAAGAGUUUAGCCGAGAGAAAAUCUUGUAGGUGUGCAAGCCAUGUCUUGUACUGUGAGUUCGGAACCUGGGAUUUUUCGGAACUUUGUACUAUCAUUCUAUGGAUUGUUUAUGAUGUCAAAGCUAUUGCCCUGUA